UAGUUAGUACGAUAUGCCAAUGAAGACUGGCAGCACUUCGAAAAUGACUCUACCGUUAAAGUGGCUAUGCCUCGUCACAGUUCUGGGAGUUUUGUGCCCCACCGAAGCUGUGCUCGAUCAAAUAUCCAGGUUCACCGCGCAAGGCUACACCAUGUGCAUGGGCAACACCGUCGCUUACAAGGUUCACAACGAACCGCGGACCUGGCACGAAGCGGUGCAAGUUUGCAGAGGCGAAGGAGCUCGCCUGGCGAUAAUCGACAGCUACGAGAAGGUUCGAGUCAUCGGCGGAAUGAAGCCGUUCAACGCCUACGUCUGGGUCGGAGUGUCGCGAUCGGAUCCGCAGCAUCCUUGGAUAACGGCGGACGAAGGCGCCUCGAUGUACAACGUUCCUUGGGCACCGACGAAACCUUCGGGCCCGUUCAACUGCCUCACCGUCCGAGGGUGCAACCGGGGAUUGAGCAACGAGGACUGCAGCCAGCGAAAGGGAUUCGUCUGCGAAAAGUCACCGGUGAAUCCAAGCAUCAGAUACGACUGAUUGAAGUUGCGACGAGCUGGAUGAAGUAAUUGGAACCGAAUGGAGGGCAACGUUGAGCUGUAUUUCCUGAUAAGACAGUGGCGCUGUAUCGGUGGUAUCAGUAGUUAGUCAGUUUUCACAUCAAUGCGUGAAUUUCCAAUGGCCGAAAAAUGCGGGAUCUCAAGAUAUAUGGUAUACUAUCUCACAAACGGAACCAAAUGUCAGAAUAAACAACAAACUUGUACCGGCCGAAGGGAUACGCGGUAGUUGGCUCGUUUAUUUAGAACUCUGUUUCAAGCAUACGUGCAUGUGAUACUUAGUUAUAUCUCCUGAAACGAAAAUAAAACAAUUUAAUUCUGCCGACGAGAUCUUCAUCGUUCGUAAUUCAUAUUCUCCGUAUAACCAUAAAAUCCUUACAUGUUCAUUGUUAUAUGCGAAAGGAACAUCCGGGUAGAACGAAAUAUUUCCCAGAAAGCGACCAUCCGAUAUGAAAUUAAUUUACCGGCUGAUCAGGCAUUCAAAUCCACUGAGCGCAAUCAAUUUUUUCCUGCUUCGUAAUUUUAUUUUUCUUGUGUCAAUAAUGAUUAUAUACGGUUGCAAAAUACGAAACGUUAUCGUCUUUCAAGACCGAAGAUUAUGUAUCCAUGCAAUAUUGAAAGCAGAAUAUCUUUAGAGGAGGCCGUUAAAACGGAUUAGAUAAAAUGUAACAUUGAAAUUAACGACGCGAAUGCAUAUUUAUACAAAGCUUUGAUUAAUGUCGUAUCUUCAGCAAAAUUUCGCGGAAUUAUGGAGAAAGGAGGGAGUUUGAGGGUUUGUAUCACGGGUAUAAAUAAAGUCCGUAGAAGCUACACGCCGCAAUUGAUACGUUUAGUUUUGACGAAGACUGACAUCAGUGUGAAAAUGAUCGGACAGUUCCAGUCGCUGUUUCUGCAGCUUGCGUGCGUCUUGACAGUUUUUGGAGUUUUGAGCUCAGCGAGAACGCACCUCCAGGUCAUAGUCAAUCAUGCGCCGAGAUCCUACACCCCGUACAGAGACAAUACAGUUUCGUACAAGGUUUUCACCGAGGAGAGAACUUGGAAGGAAGCUGAGCAAAAGUGCAUCGAGGACGGAGCUCGUCUGGCUAUAAUCGACACCUAUGACAAAGUUCGCUUCGUAGGCGACAUAAAACCAUUCGUCUGCCACUUGUGGGUCGGCAUAAGAAGAUCAGGCCCUUCGGACGCGUGGACCAAGGCGCACAACGGUGCGCCGGUACCCAACGUUCCGUGGGCGCCAACGCAACCCAACGGCACUCAAAACUGCAGCACGAUCCAAGGGUGCAACCUAGGAUUGGGCGACGAAGACUGCGCGGCUCGACUGGGUUUCGUAUGCGAAAAGCCGAUAAGCGGACAAGAGGAAACGUUCUCUCUCUCUGCAUCGAUGUCGCUGAAACAAGUGUGUCAGUUAAUCGCGUCUCCGUCAAUCCCAAAAAAAAAGGCAAUCGCAUCUCUUCCGGACGGCUACGCCCCGAUUCUCGACUCAAGCGUGGCUUACAAGGUCUACAAGAAGGAAGUAACCUGGGUGGAGGCGAAAGAACUGUGCGAGAGAGAGGGUGCUAGUUUGGCAGUGGCCGAUAACCAAAAAAUCUACGAGUACCUGAUGACGAAGUCUUCUUUAAAAAUACACGUGGGCAUUUAUUCCAAAUUCGACGAGUGGAUCAAUAUUCGUGACGGAUCGACCGUAAGCAACAUACCAUGGAAGUCUGGUGAACCUGGCAAGAGUCAAGGAUGUGUUCGGAUAGAACAUGUCAAAGGGGUUCUAGAAACUAUCGAUUGUCGGGUAUCAUCCACGCAUUACGCCUGCGAGCUCCCAAUUCCUGAAAAGGACCCUGCGACGAACAGUGUCAAGCCAACGUGACCGACAACCAGGCUGACCCUAAUCGCGAAAAUUUAUAUAUACCGUAGGAUUUAUGUACUUUUGACGCAGUAAACAAACAAUGAUUACAACGAUUGCCAAGUGAAAAAUAAAACCCGUAUAUCCGAUCCGAUCCCAAGAUA